CCUCCACCAGUGAAAGGAGCUCCGAGGAGAUGACCUCAGGGUCUAACCUGGCCAAGAAAAAGAGCAGAUCUAUGGAUGCUCCACUCAAAUUUGAAUGUACAGGUGUUUGCAAUAUGGAGGAAUUUGUUGCCAGUUUUUUAACCAAAUGGGGCCUCUCCGAUUUGAUAGAGACAUUUAAAGGGAGGAAGAGACAACAGGUGGAGCGCGGGGCAGCUGUUCCUUCACAUCAAGAGGUGCUACGUUCAGAUGCCUCUGUGAUACCGCCCGAGGAUUUGCCAUCUUCAAGUAAAGCAUGUGGAAAUGAACAGAAGGUUUUAAAAAGGAAAUGUGCACAGACUCAGACAAACAGCUCUGCAAAAAUCAAACGACAAUGUGACACUGAACCAGAUAUUUGUACAGAUGACUUAAUAUUGAAAGAGGUGAAAGACCUUAUGACCAGGGUCCGUGACAGAUUGAGUGAUCAUACGAACACCAAACUCAAUGUUUUCUUAAGGAAAAACAUUUUGGACUUGAAUACAGAUAAAAAGGACCUGGUUGGAGUCUUUGGUAAAACUGGUGCAGGAAAGAGCACUUUGAUUAAUGCCAUUGUUGAAGAGAAAGGUCUUUUGCCCACUGGAAGUGUGGAAGCAUGCACCUCAGUCAUGAUCAAAGUGGAGGCUAAUACAAAAAACAAGAUAUAUGAAGCAGAAAUAGAGUUCAUAUCUAAAGAGGAGUGGGAAGAUGAGCUGUGGUCUUUGAAAAAUCUUUUGGAUGAAAUCUCAGAUGAAGAAAUGACAGAAGACGAAGAAUAUGGCGAGACUACUGAAAAAAUGACAGCUUUUUAUGGAGAUGAGUGGAGAGACAAAUCUAAAAACUUGAUGAAGCCUACAUAUUUUAAAGAAAUUCGAGAAUUUUUUCUGUUUGGAAGAAAAAUCAUUCAAGUCGACGCGGCACAAGAGUUGGCUGAAAAACUUCUCAAAUACACCAAAAGUGAAAAUGGACAAAGACGGUUCUGGCCCCUGGUGAAGUGUGUGACUGUGAGAGUACCAAACAAUGACAUUCUUAAACACAUAACUCUAGUGGAUCUUCCUGGAAGUGGAGAUCGGAAUAAGAGCAGAGAUCAGAUGUGGAAAAGGAUUGUUGCCAGUUGUUCAACUGUGUGGGUUGUGUCUGAAAUGACCCGAGCAGCAUCUGAUAGAGAUGGUUGGGAGAUUCUAGAGAGUACAAGUAAACUCAUGGGGAAUGGUGGUGAAUGUCAAAACAUUUACUUCAUCUGCACCAAGUGUGAUGACCAAGGGGCUGACGAUGGCACCACAGAGAACAUUUUGGAAAGAAACCAAAAGGCCAAAGACAUAGUGAGGAAAGAAUUUAAUAAACUUCCUAAAGUCAAGAAACAAUUCCGAGAUGACUGCUUUGACGUUUUCACUGUGAGCUCUAAAGAAUUUUUCAAUCCAAAAAAACUUAAGCCUGUUCAAACUGAAAUACCCAAACUUCAAGAACUCCUUCGAAGUCUAAAUAACCAACAUGAUCAAACUCUGAACUAUGUCCGUGGAGCCUAUGGGAUUCUGUCUCUGAUCAAAGGAGCAAAAGUGGGAAAUAUGGAUCCUGUUCAGACGGCACAGGUGCAGGAGAAACUGAAUGAAAACAUAGAGCGUGAGCUUCAGAAAGUCAGAAAGUCCAUGAAAGAUAUGCUUGAGGUGUUUGAAGAAUGCCUGAGCAACGGUGUGGAGGAGUCUAAGAAUAAGUCUGAAGACGCCUUAUACAGGAAACUAAACCCUAAAAAGAAAGGUGGUGGGAGUAGUUUUCACCGGCCACUGAAAUGUGCAUUGCAAAACAAUGGUGUUCACAAAACUAAGAAGACACAAAUCAACCUCAAUGAAGCAAUAUCAAAGUUUCUGACUGACAGCAUUGAUGAAGAAUUCAGGAGAAGUUUCCCAAAUGAUGCAGAAUCUGGGCCUUUAUAUGAAGUAAUUCAUGCAUUUUCAGUUGACACAAACAGACUGGCUCAACAGUACAAAACUUUUGAACUUCAACUGACAUUUAUCAGCACUGAGGUCUCCAAGGUUAAGACAAAACUUUGCAAAGAGAUUCGUGAUCGCAAAAAGCUCAUCUACAGCAGUGUGACAGAGACCGUGAAAGAGACAAUGCAAAAAUGUUACAAAGAAGCAGCAACUUUCACAGGCCGAGGUUGUUUAGAAAAGAUGAAACAUACAGUUCAAAAGCACCUCCAUGAUGUAAAGGGCACAAUGUUUGACGAGGCAAAAGCUGAAGUGUUGUGUCAGCUGGAGGACCUGAAGGAUGAUGUCCAGAAACAGCUGAGUGACACUCUGCAGGAAUCUAUUGAGCUGUCAUUCAAAACUGAUCUGUCAAUCCCAGAUUUUGAAAAUGAGUUUAACUUGGUGAAGAAACACUUUGAUGACCUGAAAAUGAAGAAGACCUAGCUCGUGUUUCAGUGAAGGUCUGAUCUGUUGGAUUGAAGCACGUUGUGAGUGGAAGCAGCAGAUGAAUUGAGCCUGUCACAUUCAACCAGACAAGAGCAUACAACAAUACAGCUCAAGACAUCUUAUGUUUUUGUCAUCUUAGUGUCAAAAGUCCUUUUUUCAUAUUUACUGAUACUUGCAUAAUACUAUUGUUUUUAAUUGAACGUGCAUUACAUUCCCAUUGUUUGUUAUUGUAACUAGUUUGCUUGUCCCACUAAAAGUAAUGCUUAUUUUUCCUG